CAACAUAAAUAAAAACGAAAACAAGAGCGAAUCCAACAAAAGCAAACGAAAAAUACAAAAACAAAGCAUAGAAAUAAUAUUGAAAUAUUAACAGCAAUCACGUUGUGAGUGGCCAAGGGGCGAGGAUCAUCAAAACCAAUAACAAAAGCAAUACCAAUACAAUAUUAAACAUCACAAGAGCCACAAGAGCAUAGAACAAAAAUAUCAACAACAAAAACAACAACAAUACUAGACACAACACAACCAACAGAGUACAUCCAGCGCCUAGCCUACCCGCAAAGUUGCCCCGCUCGCGGCGAAGGUGACGGUGGUGACAGUGACAGCUACAAACAACAACAACAACGACACAUCAACAACUCAAUAUAGCAACAAAAAUUAACAGACAACAACAACAACAUUUUAGAAGCAAACAUUUUUGUCGUUGGUGUUGUUGAUGGUGCCGAUUGAGAUGGUGAUGAGGGCGCGUCGGCGUGAAUGGCAACACUGGUGACGUGUGACAACGACGGGGACAGGCCGCCGGUGGACGGUCGACGGGCCACUUUCCACCAUGAUGCCUGCAGUACAGAACGGGACGUAGAGAACAUAACGCGCGUGCUAUAACGGAAAGUUUUUGCGGUGUCGCCGAUAUGCGCCGAGUAUAAGACGACGAGCCAAAGUGAAGGAGGCACAAAAUUUUUGAAAAAUCAAUUUUUUCGAAAAAGUCUUCCAACAGAAAUAUUUAAAAUUACAGAUUUAUUACAAAGCAAGUGAGCUAAAUAUAUUUAGUACAAUGGAAAAAUAACAAAAAUAAUCUGUAAAUAUCCAAAAAAAAACUAUUCGAAAGUAAAACUUUUAGUGUUUCAAAAAGUGGUAUUGAAAAGUAAGAAUAAAAAAAUAUACAAAAAAUUGAGAUUGAUAUCCAAGUGCGUAACAAAUAUCACUUAAAAUGUCUACCAAUACUCCGGCAACUCUUCCACUGAUUACAAUGCACAAUACAAUAGCAAGUACAACACUAAAUGCAACUACAACAACUACUAGUCAAACAGUGAACGCCAAAACGGUGCAAAGAACUACAAACUCGUCCGGGAAACGCCGAAAAAGACGAAGUAUGUGCAGUGAACUUGAAGCGCGAAAAUAUAACCGGGCGGUAACAACAACUGCAUCUACUAUAGCCGAAGAGUUGGCAGCACGUACUGCUGCCGCCAGAAAAUCGGCCAAUCAUACCGACUUAGCAACACUAACGCCUAGUGACUAUCAACACGCAAUAAUACCAGCUACAACAACAACUGCAAUGCCUGCAUUAUCUACUGCAACGCCAGCCGCCACACAAACGGCAACGCGACUUGCCACAACGGCCACAGUGUCGCGCACAGCAACCACAACACCGCCACCGCCGCGAUUAACAGCCGCAUCAACACCAACACCAACAGCAACAAGUGCUACUAUAAUACGCCAACAUCACUGUCACCGGCGUGCCACUGUAGCAGCAACAACAACAACAACGACACCAAUAUCACCACGUCCGCGUGCCCCCAGCCUCGGCUUCAAUCUCAGCACCGCUUUUGCGGCCGCACUCUUGCAUACCAGCGUUGUUGUUGCUGCCGCCGCUUCAACGCAUGCACAACCGCAUCACGGCAUUACCGCUAAGCACCUGACACCUCAAUCGCAGGCUGUGCUGGAUAGCGGAAUGCUUUCGCAAUUAGAUCCCAAUGCUACCUCGACUUUGUUGGGGAUAGCUAGCGCCACUGUGGCAGCUGUCACUUCGACGGCCAAUGGUUCACUGCCGGAGGAGGCAGGCGUCGAUGGUGUGAAGGGUGUUGAUGGUGCCGAUGCAAAAGGCGGAGAUUGGUUUGAUGUUGUGUGUCUGGUGUUGAAGGCAUCACUAAUGCUGUUCAUCAUAAUUGCCGCCAUAUUUGGAAAUCUCCUUGUCAUAAUCUCUGUGAUGCGGGUUAGGAAAUUAAGAAUAAUAACGAAUUACUUUGUAGUCUCUCUAGCCAUGGCUGAUAUAAUGGUGGCAAUGAUGGCUAUGACAUUCAAUUUCAGUGUGCAAGUCACUGGACGUUGGAAUUUCGGUCCAUUUGUGUGCGAUUUAUGGAACAGCCUGGAUGUAUACUUCUCCACUGCAAGCAUUUUGCAUUUGUGUUGUAUAUCCGUUGAUAGAUACUAUGCGAUUGUGAAACCGCUCAAGUACCCCAUUAGCAUGACAAAACGCGUUGUGUUCAUCAUGAUAUUGAAUACGUGGAUAUCACCAGCUCUUCUCUCCUUCCUGCCCAUAUUCAUCGGUUGGUAUACGACAGACGAGCAUAAGAAUUUUGUGAAAAAUCAUCCAGAUCGGUGUGAGUUCAUCGUCAAUAAGCUAUAUUGUGUUAUCUCGAGUUCAAUUUCCUUUUGGAUACCCUGCACAAUUAUGAUAUUCACGUAUUUGGCGAUAUUCCGAGAGGCGAAUCGUCAGGAAAAGCAGAUGAUGGCGCGACAUGGCAAUGCAAUGUUGAUGCAUCGACACUCGGUGGACACCCGCGGCGGUGGAGGAGCGAGCAAUAAUACAGGUGAAGCGCUCAGCGGUUCCGGCUCAUCGAAAACUUUAACACUACACGAAGUUGAACAGGAUCAUACACCGACAAAGGAUAAACAUUUAAUCAAAAUGAAACGAGAACACAAGGCUGCAAGAACUUUAGGUAUAAUUAUGGGCACAUUCAUACUCUGCUGGCUGCCAUUCUUUCUUUGGUACACCAUCACCACACUGUGUGAUUCCGUUGCGCCCGAUAUUGUCGUCGCCAUACUCUUCUGGAUCGGCUACUUCAACUCCACACUGAAUCCGCUUAUAUACGCUUACUUCAAUCGCGAUUUUCGGGAAGCUUUCCGCAACACCCUGCAAUGUCUCUUCUGCAAUUGGUGGAGGGAUCGUGGUUUGCCACUCGACAUCGACAUACGACGCUCCAGUCUGCGCUAUGAUACGCGCGCCAAAAGCGUCUAUUCCGAGAAUUAUUUGAGUGUCAGCCAACCGCCUAGGCGCACCAGUCAGUUGGUCGAGAGUUUAUAAUAUAGUCGGGAUGAUUCGCUGUUGUCGGUGACGCGCACUCCGCCACAGCGGUCGACGUCAAUGCAAUUGCUGCCAACUCAACAGUCGCUGCUGAUGACUGAUACGACGCCAACACGACCGACUGCCAGUGGCAUGCAUCAGUUGGCACCACUCCCCCUGCCGACGUACGUUGGCAAACGUUUGCUCGAUGUCAAGCCGAAUGCGGGGCAGGAUUUUAAUGGUGCUGACGCCAAGGGUGGGAGGAGCGCGCAUGCAAAUGAUAAUAUUGGUGCUGGUGGUGGUGGUGGUGAUGAUGAUGACGAGCCGCAGCAGAUACAAAUCGAAAUACCGUUGGCGUAUGUUAAGAAAUGGAAUAAAAGCAAUAAAAGCACAACACCAACAACAACAACAACACCUGUUGCUACAACAAUAACAACAACAACUAUAACUGCAACCGCAGUCAAUGGUGCAGGCACUGCCACUGUGACUACGACUGCAACGACUACAAUAACAACAACAGUAACAACGCCCAAGGGCACGGAAAUGCAAGCACACACACACGUUUAGAUCAAAAGAAGAAGAAAUGAAAAAACACAUAUUGGGCAUGGGAAGGAUGUUUGUAAAAAAUAUGAAAUAAAAAAACACACACACACACAAGAUAUAUGAUAAUAAGAUAAAAGUGUUGAGAUUAGAGAAAAGUAGAAAAUAAUGAAAUUGAUAGUAAAAUUGGCAACUAACUGCAUAGAAAACAAAAAUUACUUAAUUAUUAUACAUAUAAGCAUGCAUGUGUAUGAACUCAAAUCGUUUAUCUUCGAAGAGCGGCAAUCAAACAUACUACUGCGAAAUCCGCACAAGCUGAGAAGCGCUUCCUUUAACUGUACAUCUGUUUGUAUGUAUAA